UUUGAAUUUGGAAUUGUUUGUUGUUGUUUACAUCGCUUGUUGGCAUUUUAUUACUUUUAUCAAUUUUUUAGAACAAAUUGUUGAUGGAUGAAUUAAGAGGACCCACAAUACAAAUAGUCCUUAACGUUAAAGAAGGACUUGGUUUUGGCUUUCUAAAGAGUCCCUUUGUUGUAAGUGGCUCUUUAAAUGGGUACUUGUUAGAAACGGAUCCCGUAGUGCCAUCUCAUGCACCUGUAUUUGAUGCUGAACUGGUUUGGGAAGCAGAUAAAAGAAGAUUUAGGAGUUUGCGAGUGCAGAAUGUGCCAGUUAAAAUAGAAGUCUAUAUGACUGGCACACAAGAGAGGAAAAUUAAGAUUGGCUAUUUGUUACUAAGUCUUCUCAGUGCACAGCCGUGCCCAUCAAAUAAGGUUGUAGAUAUUAAACAUAGCUGGCACAAAUUGCUUGGAGUAAAGUCAGAGGGGAAAUGCUGUCAUCCACAGCUUCUAAUGAGCCUCUCCGUAGAAGACAGACUCAGUACGCCCACUCCUAGAAAUGAGCUACGCAUAUUCCACAGCAAUGAAGUUGCAUUGCCGUCUGUCCGGUCGAAUAAAAGCGCGCCAACACCAGCUACUCGUUCUAUGCUAUUGACUUUAAAUGAGUACUUAGCUGAAAGCAGGAAGACUGUAUCAUCAGUAGAACUUCAACCCAAGUUGCUCUGUGACGAAGGUCUCAUACAAAUAGGCAGUGGAAACCAUCUGUUUGUACUAGGCUUGAUGAUAGGCGCCGUGGAUAACUUAGAUCUAUUGCUGCCAGCAGAUGCUAAAAACAAGGAAAUCAAUAACUGCUACGUCACUUACUCUGUGUUUACGCAUAAUAUCAAUACGGACAGGGUAAACGCAACAUCAGUCAACAAUGGCAGCAUAGCGCACUUCAAUCAACGCACGUCUCUACGACUUCGGACGAGCCUGGCCAGUUUGAGCCGGUACUUUGCUGAGUGUCCGCACCUCGUCACCAGAGUGUGCGUCGGAGACACAGAUGUGGGUAUAUGCAGCCUUGAUCUUCGAAAGCUAGUACCAACGGAAGAUGUGGAGAAGUUUGUGGCAAGUUUCUGCAACGAAGGCAGCGCGCUGUGCAUACAAGAGCGCUGUUAUUUACUGCGCUGUGACGACGCGCCGCAGGAGGGGGGCCGGCGAGCGUUCGUGGACGUCGAGCUCAGUCUCAAGUAUAGCGGCGUGGGCAGCAAUGUGCCGGUCAGUUUGUGCAACGAGGGCAGCUCUACAUACAGGAGCGCUGUCACUUACUCCGCUGUGACGACGCGCCGCAGGAGGGGGGCCGGCGAGCGUUCGUGGACGUCGAGCUCAGUCUCAAGUAUAGCGGCGUGGGCAGCAAUGUGCCGGUCAGUUUGUGCAACGAGGGCAGCUCUACAUACAGGAGCGCUGUCACUUACUGCGCUAACCGGAAAUAAUAAGCCACCACCGCUGCUGACAGCAAGAAGUGCUAGCCAGCUAGAGAGUGGGCGGAAAAAGGAAGAAGUGGAGAAAGGGGGGAUCCUGGACUUUAGGAGCGGGAGCUGCACCACCCUGGACCAGGAUGUGGGGGGAGUGGCCUACACUAACAUGGCGCCCGGUAACACGGCCAGAUACAAAAACGCAUCGGGCGACGUUUACCUCCAAACUAAUGAACUAACGGAACUUAUAAAGAAAAUGUGCGAUUCUUUCGCUCAAAGUCAAGAGCGAUUGUUGUCGGCGCGACCAAAGGUGACCAGCGACCAGCAGGUGCAGUGCGACCCGACGUUGGACGCAGUGGAUGGAGAUAACGAUAAUGUGGAAAGGGAGCCUGACAAAUUGUCAAGAAGCAAAAGCGACACACAUAUUAAACAUGAUGAAAAUGACAACUCAAGACCAACACUGUCAAUCGAUCGGGAAUCCUUAAUGCAAAAAUACGUCGGUGAAUUGGAAGACUGGAAGGAAAGACAACAACAGUUAUUUAAACUGCAAUUAAAACGCAAGGAAGAUUACUAUUUGGACCAGCUUGCCAACGAGUGGAACAAACGCAGAGCAGAGUUAGAGAGCAAAUUGAGCAAAGGCGUGGAGCAAUGUCGCAACCUGGCAGCCGACCUGAGUCGCGCCACCGAGGACUUCCGUCUGCGAGGAUAUAGGAACACUGAAAGGGAAAGAAAGCUUCUAGACGCAAAGAAGGCGUUAGAAGCGCACUACACAGCCAAGUACCAGGAGUUGAGGGAGGCGUCGCAGAAGAUGGAAGACGACAUGAACCACCAGCUCAAGAUGAAGGACAUGGCGCUAGAGGAGGUGCAGCUCAAGGUCCAGUCGCUGGAGAAACAGAACGCCGCACUUAAGAAUGAUCUCAAGAAUGUUGAGAAGGAUGCAGAGAGCAAAUAUUCAGGCUUAACAAAAGAUCAGACAGCGAGCCUUAUACAGGAAUUGCGCUGCCUGGAGGAGAAGUUGGAGAGCGCGGCGGCGGCGAAGGCGUUCUUCAAAGAGCAGUGGGGGCGCGCCGUGCGGGAGCUUCACCGCGCCAAGCUCGGCCAGCGCGCGCGCAUGCUCGCCGAGCUGCGCCAGCACCGCCGCACCAUAGCCGACAACAAUUUAGAUCCCAUAGAUGAGUUAGACAAGAGGAACGACCAGAAAAUGGACGUAAACAAGCUGAAGGAUGACUUCUAUAUGGACAUCAUGACAAAAAAUCCCAUCGAGUCGCAGUCAAUUAUAAGCAAUGAUGACGUCUUGGAUCUUUAUGAGGAAUUAAGAAUACCAAAAAAGGAGACGAGCGACAAAUUGAGUGAACUCAUAUCGCAGAGAGACCAGCUCAUACUGCAGGACUCGCCUGAUGAAGACACGCUCAAACAACUCAACCACGAGAUUAGGAGUAUGCUCAUUCACUGUGGGAACUGACCAUGAUUUUGUCUUCCAUCAACUUAACUACGGAAUUACGAGCAUGUUUAUUCACUGUGGGAACUGACAUUGAAUUUGUCUUACAUCAACUUAACUACGGAACAAGAAUCAUGUUCAUUCACUGUGUGAACUGACAAUGAAUGUUCCUUACAUCAACUUAACUACGAAACUAGAAGCAUGUUCAUUCACUGUGGGAACUGAAAAUGAAUGUUCCUUAUAUUAACUUAACUACGGAACUAGAAGCAUGUUCAUUCACUGUGGGAACUGACAAUGAAUGUUCCUUACAUUAACUUAACUACGGAACUAGAAGCAUGUUCAUUCACUGUGGGAACUGACAAUGAAUGUUCCUUACAUUAACUUAACUACGGAACUAGAAGCAUGUUCAUUCACUGUGGGAACUAACAAUGAAUGUUCCUUACAAUAACUUAACUACGGAACUAGAAGCAUGUUCAUUCACUGUGGUUCAUUCACAAUGAAUGUUCCUUACAUUAACUUAACUACGGAAUUAGUAGCAUGCUAAAAAAAUAAAUAAAAGAUGUACGUAGUUCAAAUUAGAGACAAAACAUUUUCUUUGAACCUAUUAAUGAAAAACUUGUAAAGUUUGUUUGUGUACUUAAAUGAUAUUUUUGAAACGAUUGUGCCAUUCUAGCUAUUGUAUUCAAAACAUUUGUGAUAUACAUAGAAAUAUGAUACUAUGAGAUUAACUGUAAAUUAAUCUUGGUGAUAAACAUUAGGUACUGUGUUUUAGACAUAGAAUUAUUUAGGUACUUGUACCGAAUCGUAAAUCUAUGGUUUUAGAGGUUCAAUUGUUAAGCUUCGGAAAUGCAUUAAUAUACAUAUUUAAAUAUUAAACUAUAUCAACAAUAUGGAUAUAACGCAUUAUUAAAAUACUUGAAUUAAUAUUUUUUGAAGAAUUGUAUUUUAAUAGCAAGAUCGAUACUUAUAAUAAAUGAAUUAAAAUUAAA